AUGGAUGAAAACAAGGACGCUAGCUUAUUGGUCAUUGUGCUCGAUACAAAUCCCUCGCAGCGAAUAAUUCGCGAAAAACCUCACAAUCUCACGCAGUGCCUAGACUCGAUUGUUGCGUUUGCAAAUGCGCACCUUAUGCAAAAGGCACAAAAUAAGCUAGCUGUGUUAGCCUGCCAUCAUCAUGCAACACAAUUCCUGUACCCGACACCUGGGAAACCGCUCGACAUCCGGCAGGUUGAUGGGCAGUACGAAGUGUUUACGUUGGUGGAGAAAACCAUCAAGCAGAAGCUAGCGCACCUGAUCAACACUGCGCCGCCUUUAACGACACCGACGGAAUCGCUUUUGGCCGGCAGCAUGUCAAUGGCACUGUGUUACAUUGCAAGGAUAAAUCGUAACAAAGUUCCUGGUACAAAAAUUAAUGCGCGAGUGCUGGUGGUUACGGGCAGUAACGAGUGUGCCUCACAGUACAUGACUUACAUGAAUGUGUUUUUCACAGCACAGAAGCAAGGUGUCGUUAUAGAUGUUUGUGCGCUCGAUAAGGCACUUAGUUUGCUGCAGCAGGGUUGCGAUAUUACCGGCGGACAGUACCUUCGGCUGGAGCAGCUGGAGGGUUUUCUUCAGUAUCUUUUGUGGGUGUUCCUGCCAGAUCCGCAGAUGCGCUGCAAGCUCGUUUUACCACCGCCGGUAAAGGUUGAUUAUCGUGCUGCCUGUUUCUGCCAUCGUGAACUGAUCGACAUUGGUUACGUUUGUUCCGUUUGUUUGUCCAUCUUCUGUAAAUUCAGUCCCAUCUGUACCACUUGCCAUACCGUAUUCAAAGCUCCGGCACCAAUAGCAGCCAAACCGAAGAAAAAGAAACUUAAGGCAUAA